AUGAAUUCUGGUGCUGUCUUGACACUGCCUCCUGUGAGCAAUGUGUUCACGACAAGGGAGCCUCAGGAUAUUGAGGACGAGUUUGUGGAGAAAGAUCCAACCGGACGGUAUAUAAGGUACACUGAAGUCUUGGGAAGGGGUGCCUUCAAAACUGUUUAUAGGGGCUUUGAUGAAGUUAACGGAAUUGAAGUUGCUUGGAACCAAGUGAAGAUUGAUGGCCUCUUGCAUACAGUCGAUGAUCUUGCAAAGUUGUAUUCUGAAGUUAAUCUAUUGAAGCCUUUGAAACAUGAAAAUAUUAUUAAGUUCUAUGAUUCUUGGAUUGAUGAUAAGCAGAACACUGUUAACAUGAUCACUGAACUCUUCACAUCAGGAAAUUUAAGGCAAUAUCGCAAGAAGCAUAAAUAUGUUGAAAUGAAAGCUAUAAAAGGUUGGGCCAGGCAGAUUCUUCAUGGCUUAAUCUAUCUUCACAGUCACAAGCCACCAAUUAUUCAUAGAGACUUGAAAUGUGACAACAUCUUUGUGAAUGGAAACCAAGGUGAAGUUAAGAUAGGGGACCUUGGUUUGGCAAUUGUCAUGCAACAACCCACCGCCCAAAGUGUUAUUGGAACUCCUGAGUUUAUGGCUCCAGAACUAUAUGAAGAGUCGUACACAGAACUGGUUGACAUCUAUUCUUUCGGAAUGUGCAUAUUGGAGAUGGUCACUUUUGAGUAUCCCUAUGCCGAAUGCAAAAAUCCAGCUCAAAUCUUUAAGAAAGUUACCUCAGGCAUCAAACCUGCUUCCCUUAAAAAGGUGAGUGAUCCUCAAAUUAAGGAGUUUAUUGAGAAAUGUCUGGUUCCAGCAUCUGAGAGAUUGUCAGCAGAGGAGCUUCUUAAAGAUCCAUUUCUACAAGUUGAGAAUCCAAAGGAUCCCGUCCUCUAUCCUGUACAACCACCUAGAAGAACACUGAGAGCAUAUUCAUUUAAGUCUGGUUCUCAAUCUAUGGACUUGGAUGCUGACUGCAAACAGUUAUCUACGAGUAUAUGUUCUGAAAGCAACCAGGAAAUCCCAUAUUGUCCUGUUUUUGAAGUGCAGAGGGCAAAUAAUAACAAUGAGUUUAGGCUGAAAGGGACUAAAAAUGAUGAUAACUCGGUAUCAUUGACCUUGCGUAUUGCUGAUACAUGUGCAGGUCGAGUAAGGAAUAUACAUUUUCUCUUUUACCUCGAUUCAGAUACCGCUGUCUCUGUGGCCACAGAGAUGGUUGAGCAUUUGGAGCUGGCAGAUCACGAUGUACCCUUCAUAGCGGAGCUUAUUGAUUACUUGAUAAUGAAACUUCUCCCUUGGUGGAAUCCCUCGCAUGACCGUUGCUUGUGUGGAGAAACAAAUCCUAAUAUAGAUGGCCAAAGCUUCAUGGGAUGGCCAUGGGGUUCUGUCCUAGCAAGUAUUCCCUCUGAAAUGGUUAUUGGAGAAGAUGGCUUCUCUGGGUUUGAUACAAGCUCCAAAGAAGAGUUUGUGGCAGCUGAGAAGACCAGCUUUAUCAAAAAUGAUGAUAAUGCUACUUUUGAGGGUGAUGCUAAUUCACAAGAAUCUGGAGCUUCUGAGGUAGUUGUUGAAAAUGCUUCUAUGAAAGAUGACAAUUGUCACGAUUCCAAAGUUGAUGCAAGUUCUAAAUGCUCAAGUAGUAGGUCCAUCUCUGAACUUGAGCUAGGGGAUGCAUAUUUUGAGGAAUGUAAAUUGCAACCACAAGAUUAUUGUGCCGCGGAAGAAGUUGUUAUAAAUGAAUACCCAAAGAACCCGGGAUCAGUUCUUGGAACAUCCACAAAUGCUGGAAGCACAAGAAGUAGCUGUUCGUAUGUGUCUUCAACAGAAGAGGAGAUUGAUCUUGAGCUACAGUUUGAACUUGAUGUCCUUGAGUCACACUAUCAACAUUGGAUUAAUGAACUAAACAAGAUGAAGUUGGACGCAUUGGAAUCCACCAGAAAGAGAUGGAUGGCCAGGAAGAAACUGGCUAUUUGGCGAUUUGGCGAUUUUGAGCUUGUUGAUUGA